AUGUCGAAUGCGCCCGCGCAACCCAUGAACGUGCCUUCGGGCGCGCAAACCGCCACUGUCGCUGCCGGAUGUUUCUGGGGUGUCGAGCACAUGUACCGGAGAGAGUACAAGGGAAAGGGCUUGUACGAUGCGAGGGUUGGAUACAUCGGUGGUGACACAGACAACCCAGGGUACAGGGCGGUAUGCAGCGGACGCACUGGUCACGCCGAAGCCCUGCAAGUCGUCUACGAUCCCGAAAAAGUAACCUACCGUUCCCUCCUCGAAUUCUUCUACAAGAUGCACGAUCCCACCACCUCCAACCGCCAAGGUCCAGACGUUGGCAGCCAAUACCGAUCCGCCAUCUUUUACCACGAUGCCGAGCAGGAGAAGAUUGCGCGAGACGUUACCGACAAGGUGAACAAGCAGUGGUGGAAGGGAAGCGUCGCAACAGAGAUCCUGCCUGCAGGGAAAUGGUGGGAUGCGGAACAGUACCACCAAUUGUACUUGGACCACAACCCGGGCGGCUACGAGUGCCCGAGCCACUUCUUGAGGAGUUUCCCGCCGCUUUCCGACUAA